AUGCGUGGGUUGUGUGGCAUCGGGAAAAAUAUUUCCAAAGGUUCUCAUGGUGUUAGAUGCAACAUUAAACCUAUUGGAAAGUCUGAUCCGGUCUACUCCUUGGAGUUUAUCAUAUUAAAUGAAAUUAGUGAUAAUUUACCGAUUAAUUCUCUUCCCGUUGAACAGUUCUCAAAGUUUUCUCAAUUGCCCUUAGCUGAUCCCAACUUUCACCUCUCUAAACCCGUAGAUAUACUUUUGGGUGCAGAUAUUUAUGGUUUCUUGAUAACAGGAAACAAACUCCUCUCAGAUCCAGAUCAACCCGUCGCUUUAGAAACUAUAUUUGGAUGGAUAAUUACAGGAAGAGUUAAAACAUCUAGUGUUUCGCUCUCUGUAAACUCAUACUUUCUUACCUCUUAUGCUUCCUUGGAUCAAUCACUUCAAAGAUUCUGGGAGUUAGAGGACGUUCCACAAUCCUCGACGCUUUCUUCAGAUGAAAAGCUUGCCGAAGAACACUUUUUGUAA